AUGACGGCCGGUAUCGAAGCCGGUGGUGGUCGCCGGCUACUGAGUCGGUUCCGGGAGCUCCGCCUCGAACGCGUACGCCAGCGUCAGGAACGGUUCUCGCCCGCGUUCGACCAACCGGCCUCGAGCAACUCCUCCGAAAGCGACGAUGACGAUUGGAGUGUGGAGGCUGAGCGUGGAGUGAACGCACUGGCACCAACGCAGACCAAGGGCACCCCCGCCAAUCAGCUGCAGCGCAGGUUGCUGGAGGAUAAGAUCAUAUUCCGGUUCUACCACGGGGGCAACCUCACCAAGACGCUGACGCUGAGCAGGGACGAGCGGCUGCUGAACGGCACCGACUGCACCCCGGACCAACGUUUCGCGAUCAUCGUUCACGGUUGGCACGAGAACUGCUACGAAGUACCGUGGGUGCAGGACCUUCGCCAAAAUCUGCACACGUACCGGGGCGGGUGCAUCACCUGUAUGGACUACUCCGCCUUCUCGAGCGGCAGCUACCGGGGCCUGUUGGGGCGCUUCCGGGACAUCCGGGACGUGCUGCUGCGGUUGGUCCAGAAGCUACGCUACGAGGGCGUCGAGUACGGGCGGAUCUUUAUGUACGGGUUCAGCUUCGGUGCCCAGCUGGCGCUGGACGUUGGGAACCAGAUCGGCGCGAGCGAACUGGAGGCGAUCGACACCUGCGACAUGGCGGGACCCGGCUUCGACGGUGAGCGGACGUUCCGGCAGGGCGACUUCCGGUCGGCGGCUAAGAACGUUCAGUGCAUCCACACCAGCAUCGACAAGGGCACGCGUUUCCCGAACAAGUGCCACCAGAACUGGCGCAUGGGGCUGUGCGGGAUGCGGCAAGCGGCCGCCGGACCACCCCCCCUCGGUUCCCACGGACUGUGCCCGGUGUUCUACAACCUCGCGUUCCGGUACCAGUUCGUGGCGCAACCGAAACCACCGGAGUGCCUGGCGCUCGGAGACACGGCCACCUACCCGCGCAACUACCGGAUGGGCUACGUCGAGGACCGCAAGAGCGAAGUGAGAGGUGAGUUGUACGCCCUCACGUCGGACGCUUACCCGUACACGGUGUACACCAAUCCGUACAACUUCUUCGAGUACUUCUGA